CAAAAUAAUUAAGGGAUAUAUAAUAAUUGAAGAGAAGAAGAAUGGCUAAAUCUACAAGCAUCAGCAUUGCUCUGAUUUUCUCACUUCUUGUCGUUACAGUUUUCACUGCUGAAAGUCGAGCAGCACCCACUGCAGUUGCAGGUCCCGUGUGCAGCAGCUUUCAUGGAGUGGAAACAGGGGAGACGUGCGACACCAUCGCUUCAAGAUUUGAAAUGAGCACAGCUGAUUUCCUUCAACUCAAUCCCAACAUCAACUGUAGCACUAUGUUUGUGGGUCAAUGGGUGUGCGUGGCUGGUCACACGCUUUGACUUGUUCCGUGUCAGCUCAGUUGAAUAAAUGUACAAUAAGGAGAGAUUGAAUUACAAAUUUAUUAUUUUCUCUCCACUUAGAACUGUUUGACUAUCUAUCACACAAGCUUCAAGUGGCGGUACUAUGAAUUAUCAAGUCAAUGCAAAAACAAUUUCACUUGUCUUUGUUAAUGUACAAUUAAAAAUGAUUCCAAAUAAUUAUUAAAAUAAGAUAUGGCCUAAUAAUUGUUACGAUGAAGCUGAGAAUGUAGAUUGUAGAGAUGAGAACAUAGAGAGAAGAUCAGAUGAGUUUAGCAUUGGAACAUAGAUUGCUUAAUUCUCAAUCAAUCUUACACCAACUUUCACGUGCUGCUUAUAUACAACA